UAAUUCUGCUUUUCAAUUUGUUAAAAACAAAAGAAGAAUUUUAAGAGGCUGCACUGCAGCAUAAGCAUAAAAUAUACAUGGAUUAAUUCAAGAGUAAAUCUCAUCCACACACUGAAGCCCAAAAAAAAAAAGAGAAAAAAACAGAAGAAGAAAAGUUUAGUUUUGCCCUUUUUCUCUGUUUAAUAUUUUUCUGUGUUUCCAAAAUUAUGUAUUAAAAAAAAAGAAAAAGAAUUAUGCAAAAGACUGAGAUUAGGUAAGCUAAUGGGGAAUAGUUGAGAUUUGUGUGGACAGCUAAUGUAUGUGAAUAGAGGCCCUUGCUGAAGAUGGCUUUUCCAGUAACCAUAUGUACAUAUGGAAACUGGUCGUUAACGGGGACCCACAUCAGAACCUUAGUCCGGGAAAGGGACGAUGACGUUUCAUUAGGAUUUUUGUUUAUACCUGUUUAACAACAAGAGGAGCUUCGCAGUUGUAAAUGGAUGGAGCUGAUCACUGUACCCACCACUUGAAGAGACAGAACAGAGAACUUGAAAGCUUAAUUCACGCUUUGGAAAAAGAAACUAGACAAUGGUGCAAGCUCUUCUACACACACCCCCUCUUCUCCUUCGAUGUUCUUCUUCUUCGUCUAUUCCUCCUAUAUCCACCUCCAGGGGACAGCCUCGUAAAAUGGUGGUGAAGUGCUCUUUUUUUGAGCACCCAGUGUCUAGUGAACUCUUGAGCAGACAUGUUUUAUCUAAUCUUACAGCUUCAUUAAUAUUUAUCUCUCAAAUAAACCAGCCUGUUGCAGCUGAUGCAUCCGAGUACAGAAAUAUAUGCCAGAUUGCAAAUGCUGCUGAUAAUAUUCCAACUCUUCCACUCAAUGAGGAUUCAAAUGAAGGAGGUGGGAAGCUAAUGAUGAUGAGAGGCAUGACAGCGAAGAAUUUUGACCCUAUUAGAUAUUCUGGAAGAUGGUUUGAAGUAGCUUCACUUAAACGUGGAUUUGCUGGACAAGGUCAGGAAGACUGCCACUGCACCCAGGGUGUGUAUACAUUUGAGAGGGAGACACCAGCCAUCCAGGUUAAUACCUUUUGUGUUCAUGGGGGCCCUGAUGGAUAUAUUACGGGCAUAAGGGGAAAUGUUCAAUGCCUAUCAGAAGAUGAUUUAAAGAAAAAUGCAACAGAUCUGGAAAAGCGGGAGAUGAUUAAAGAGAAAUGUUAUCUACGUUUUCCAACAUUGCCAUUUAUUCCUAAGGAGCCAUAUGAUGUGAUUGCAACGGAUUACGACAAUUUUGCUCUAGUUUCAGGGGCAAAGGACACAAGUUUUGUACAGAUCUACUCAAGGACUCCUAACCCUGGUCCUGAAUUCAUAGAGAAAUACAAAUCCUACUUGGCCAAUUUUGGAUACGACCCCAGCAAAAUCAAAGACACUCCACAAGAUUGUGAAGUAGUGUCUAACAGCCAGCUAGCUGCAAUGAUGUCAAUGCCAGGCAUGCAACAGGCUCUAACAAAUCAGUUUCCUGAUCUGGAAUUGAAAGGCUCUGUUGCAUUCAACCCUUUUACUAGUGUCUUUGACACUCUGAAGAAGCUUGUGGAGCUAUAUUUCAAGUAGUUCCGUUGGCCUCAACAAAGCUGCCCACUUUUGUGUGUAUUUAUAGCAACUUGGCAGUGUAAUUAUUCUUUCUUAAUGCCAGUAAUUAUUCAGCGUAAUUUCUAUGUCUGCAAGCAUAAAAGAAAGUGUUUUUCUUGGGUUUUCACAGAGAAAUCCUCAAUACUCAUUGACGUUGAUGAUAUUUUAUAAUGCACACAUGGGAUUUAGUUGUCUUUUAAAAUUGCCAAAGAUGACAGAGUAGGCAAGAACAUAAAUUGUUGAAGCCCUCCAUGCAUUCAUGUUCUAUAGACUUCGAUCAUAAACAAAUCAGAAAAUGACAACAUAUUGAAGAUCAAAUGGGGAAAAAAAAAAAAAAAGAAAUAAAAA